AUGGAUGCUUUCAGGACUCUCGCUGCUGCGGCUUCUGUCAGCGAUAAGAAGGAUCAACUCUGCUCUCGCGGCUGGAUUGUGACCAAGGAUGUGGAGUCCCUUCGGGUUGGGGAUCCUUUCAAUGUGUGCCUCCGCAUUGAACAGCAAGACACAGCCCACCACGGCAUUGCGGAAAUCGUGAACCUGAAGCUUGGGAACGGUUUUGGCAACAGUCCUCCGAACCGGUUCCCCCAGUGCACGGGUGAAAAGGUCCACUAUGACUCCAGUGCCCUUCGUCGCAGGCUGCCUGCUACAGUGGAGUCUGCUGGAUGCAUUCUCUUGCCUACGAGGGCGGACGAGAUUGUGGGCAUUGCGGAGAUCUUUUGUGGUGGUAUUUCUGGAUGGUCCAGGGCAGCCCAACAGUUGCCUGCCUAUCCUGUCAUCCGCCUCGACCACUGUGGCAUGUGCAUUGCGAAUACGAUGCUCAAUGAGCCCAGUGAGAUCUUAUACAACGAAGCUGCCGACCAAAGCCACUUUUCAGUCUUCUGGGGUGAGGCACUGGACCUUCGGUGGACAGCAGCCCUCGACCAUGGCAAUGUUGAGGUUCUAUGUUGUUCGCCCCCGAGCUUGUCAUGGGGAAUUCCUGGACCCAAGCAAGGUUUGGCGGAUUCAGUCAACACUGUGGCUUGGUGGGAACUCGCCCUUCUGGCCAGAGUCACACAAAGAAGGGCAGUGAUUGUGGAAACCUCCCUACAGUUUGCCGUGCACGAGGACGCCAAGACCUUCGACGAGAUGAUGCUUUGGGCAGGAUAUGUUGUGUCAUGGAGAGGAAAGAUUGAGGCAUCCACCUUGGUGCCCACCGAAAGACCAAGACACUUCAUUAUCUACUGGAAUGCGGCCGACCAGCCAAGUGCAGGCACUCCCCUGAGGAUGGUGAGAUUGGGUGUUGAAUCUAAGAAGACCUGUGAUGGAAGCAUGUGGCAUGAUAUGGAGUAUGAGAACUUCAAGACCACUGAAGUCAAGCAAGAGCUCCUCCCGAAAGUCCUCAGCAGAGAGCUUCUUCCUCUCCAUCUCCGUGCUAUCACAGGUUCCCCUCUCCACCUUCGAUCGGUGAAGCCAUACCUCCCGUUGCCUACACCGCCGCCUACAUACCACGAUGUCUUGGAAAUGCCCUGGCCAGUCCUCUUCAAGCGGGGAAUGAACUUGCCAGUGGUGGAUCAGAAUGGCCGGAUCAGACUCAUCAACAAAUGGGAGAUGGCCCGGGCCAUGGGCCUUCCGGCCGAGAUUAUCCUUCCGGACCCUGAGGGUGAUGCUGCCAAGCUGUUGGCCCAGGCCGUGGUGCCGGCUCAGGCGCUCCAAGUGCUGGCUGCUACAAUCGCCCACCGACAGGAGAAGCCUCUGGAAGAGAAAGCGGUCCUCAAGUACAUCGAGGAGGGCACCAAGGAUUUGGGGAAAGGCUGGACCGACUUCAGCCUCCUGGAGCCUUUUGCCAAAGAUGGAUGGGCUACUCUUAUCUUGAAGGGGGCAGAUGCUGAGAGGACCACCUCUGGUCGCCUCAGAUCCAGGCUGAUUGGCUUGCAACACCAGCUCGACAACUUGGUCAGGAUGAGACAAACGAGGACUCCACUCCUGCCAGAAACCUGCAGACCUCUCUACGAUGAGCUCAUUGAAGAGGAGGAGGUCCACUACGAGCACAAGAUCUUCCAGGUUGACAAUGGAUAUGUGGGAAUGCUCCUCAAUGAAGAGGACACUGUGGCCUCCAUCCAUGUCAAGAUUGCUGACUACAUCGGCAUACCUCCCCACCUCCUUGCAGUCUCCAAGGUUAACAACCAAGCAGGAGGAAUGGACAGAUGGGUUGUCACAGGCGAGCUCAACAAGGACCUGAACAACCAUGCCCUGGUUUUGGUGGAUACAGCCAUUCCCCAGGCACAGUGGCUCCCUGCAGAGCUCUAUGCGGUGGUUUUGACCAAAGCCUUUCAGGACCACCACAGCUCCAUGCCGGACAUCCUGGAGCUUAAUGGCACGCCUGUUAUUGACUGGCCCAUUGCACUCAGUUCUGGCGAUUACCUCCGUCUACGCUGGAAUGGGUUUUCCGACCAUGAGGAUUGGAAAGAUUUGGAUAUUUUCAAGGAGACAGAUGUUCAAGAAGAGGAUGUGCCGGUGCCUCCAGACACACCAAACCAAGAAGGCGAUGAAAGCAGCCCGGGUGGCCCUGAGGAGGACCCUGCGACCUCCGACACAGAGCCAAUGCCACCUGCUCCUGGAUCUCCCCAGGAUACACCUCCGGUGGCUGAUGACUCGCAGCCAGCCAGAGGCAUGCCAUUCCAGGAUAUCGGAACCCCGUCUUCCAAGCGACCUCGCACUUGCCUGCCGACGAUUUCUUCUACAGCUGAGACCCCGGCACCGACCUUGAUGAACUACUCCCAGUUGUCUCCACCUUCUCCGGCGGCUUCUAUCUUCUUCCGGUUCCAGGGCCAGUUGAUGGCCUGUGGGAACACUGACACAAGGAGCCUCAUCCAGGUGGUUACCGAUCAGUGGGGCGUGGACCCUUCCCAAAUCUACUUCACCAUGGAAGGCAAGAUCUUGGGCCACGACACCUUGUGCAGGAGAAUACCAUCGGGUGCCGCCAUCAUCGUUCGGGGCAAGCUUCGAGGAGGCACGGGCAAUGGGGCGAUCCUCAAGAAGCUCAAGGGACUCCUCCAAUCCAAAGGGGUGCCCCCUGAACAACUGGAAGCCCGUAUCGAUGACAUCAAGAAUCAACUUGGGGACCGUGGCAUUCGCGACAUCUACGAGAGCUUCGACCCAUGGUCCAAACUGAAAGCUUCUUGCAACUUCAGACUGGUUCGCGAGGCCGAAGCCAAGGCAAAGCCAAAAUCCAAGGACAUUCAAAAAGAUGAUGGCAGCGACCCACUUCAAGAGGCAGACCCUUGGGCAUCUGCCAUCCGCGAAAGGAAGGCAUGGAAGCUAGAGGCUUCCUUCUUCAAAUUGCAAGAUGGGUCCCAGCCAGCCACCCUUGAGAAGAUCACACAUGGAGCUUCAGGUAUAUGUUUGGUGGCACCCAAGGAGGCUGAGAUCCUCCUCCAGCAACAAGAUGUCAUGUCCUCCGAUGAGUUGGCAGCUGUGGUCAUUGGAGCUCAGCUUCAGUCAGCUGGGAGGUUCUGUGUCAAGGACCUGGAGAUUCCCUGCAGAAAUGGUGAUGAACAGCGAGUCCUGGUACGAGCCCAACUUAUCAACCUUGGUGCCAAGGAGGUGGGUGUUUGUGGCGAGGACACCAAGAUUGUGAUCGACGAGCUCGAUGGUGCAAUCCUCUCCUGCGAGAUCCUUCGGGCUGACACCCCAGACUGGGAUGACCUCACUGACGGAGUCAUCAAGUUUCUCAAGAAACGACUGCCAUCCCUGGAGACGGCUCUCUUUGCCAAUUGGGGGAGAAGGUUCUUCGCCAAGGGCAAGCCAGUGGGGGAUGGCAAGAUUGCUGAGUCUUGCUUUCUUAUGCUCAGGAUCAAGAAGGAGUUCCGCGAUGCCAUCCUCAAGACGACUUCUCCUGGUAUUUACCUGGCACCCCGGACAGAGGAUGGAGCCCCAGAUCAUCUCUUCAAAGUUGUGUGGUUCCAGGACAAGACAGCUGGGGAGCUUGCAAUCCUUGCAAACUCCGAGCCCAAAUCCUUUGGGCUCGUGAAGAACAAGUCUGGAGUUGGGAUCCGAGUCAAGGCGAAGGAUUUUACGAGGUUGAAACAGAAGUGGCAGCCUACCUGGCAGCCUCAGGAUGGAACCCCCUAUGGCCUCAACAUCAAAUGCUACUUCGAUGUCCAGAACCUCCCGGUCUCCUGCUCCAAGACAGAAGUGCAGAAGUUCCUCAAUACCAUCAAGUGGAAUGCCCUUGCUAUCAGGCAGACCAGACCAAGGAUCUGGCUCAUUGGUGCAGAGGGCCCCCCUUCGUCCACAGUCCAUGUGGCGGGCCACGGCACCGUACUUAUUACCGAAAGAUCUGCCAAAGCACAGGGCAAAGGCAAAUCCUCGAUCCGCCCGGUGCGCGAGCCGCCCUGGGUGGUUGCCACUGCUUCAUCGUCUUCUGGAGGCCGAACUUUGUUCCUUCUGCAGCUGGUCCAACUUCUUCUGGAACUUGUCCUCAAGAACCUGGGUGAGAUCAAGCAGGAGAACCAGUCGGUGGCACAGCAGUUGUCAGCACAACUGUCUCAGCUGACUGCGGCUAUUCAUGGUCAGAAGGCUGACCUCUCCGCUGAGCUUCAGGCAGCCCAGGGAUCUUUGAAGACCGAGCUGAUGGGAGAGAUGAGGCAGCAGAUGCCUACAAUUCGUCUGGCUAAUUUGCUGGACGGCCCAGCGCCACUGAUCAACAACUACCGCUUCAGUGGCCCAUGCAUGCAGCGAACCUACCACGUGGAUGAUGGUUUUCGUGCCAGAAAGAGUGGAUGGGUUUGCCAUGAGUUUUUCUUUAAUUCUGACCGGGAUAAUUCAUUUCAACCGCACAUUUUGUGCAACUGGAUGUGGUACAACGGGAUUCGAGUUGGAGAAGCCAAGAACCCUGGCCCAGCGACUAUGAAGAUUACUGGAUUGAAUGCCCAGUCCCUCAAUUCUUUUCUGGAUGACAAGAGGUUUUUGGCCUCCCAGGCAGAUGUGACAGUUUUUUCUGAGACUUGUGCGACACAUUUUGUGGAACAGAAAGCUACGAAAGUGGCUCAUGCUGCCGGCAAACAUGUCUGCUUUGGCAAGCCGGUCCCCAAACGGACCUUCAAGGACCACAGGGACUGUGCCACCAAAGGCAAAGCCCAAGGAGUGGCGAUUCUAUCUGAGUGCCCGAUGCGACGUCCCUGCCAAACUUGGUCCGACGAUUCCUGGGACACCUGCCGUGUCACUGAUUCUUUCCUAUUGACCCAAUCCGGGAUGAUUCGCAUUUUUGCAUUCUACGGCUUCCACCAGGGCCAUGACGAAGCUGACAUCAAGAAUGAAUCGCUGCUCAGAGAAAUUGCGAGUAGGGCCAGCUCUAUUGAUGUCCCGACUGUCAUUGUGGGCGAUUUCAACUGUGCAUUGCAAGAUUUGGCGGUGUGGGAAGACAUGUGCCAUUGUGGUUGGAAGGACUCAGCCUUGGUCAUGCAACAAUGGACUGGCGACCCCCCUGCAAUGACUUUUGGAGAGAUUUCCCGACUUGAUUAUGUGGUCUUCAACAGCAAGGCGGCGCCGGCUUUUCGUGACAUGUAUCUUUCAUUGCAGCCGGAAACCGACCACAAGUCGAUCACGGCGGUCUUUGACUGGUCGGCUCUCCCUUCACAGAUCAAACAGUAUAGAAUGCCGAUGGAUAUUGCCAAGUUGGAUUUACAGCCUCAUACAAUCCUCCAUGCAGAUCCUCUGGAAUCCACCCUGUAUGGUCUGGACAAGGCAAUUGCUUCUGGUGAUACGGACAACGCUUGGCUGACCUUCUGUUCAACAUAUGAGUCCACCAUCGACCAGCUCCUCCAGAAGACUUCUGGUGUUCCCCUCAGACAAUCCUUUCAGCGCAGAGGAAAAGCCACCUUCUCUGCUGGCCCGGUGGCCCAUUUGCCCACCUCCAGGGCUCGUUCUGGUGAAUUCCAGCCUACAGGGGAUGAGUCCACAAUCCUCCUUCGACAACGGGUCAGACAGAUCAGAAGGUUGGAGACCUUUUUUGCCCAGAAACGUCGCCUUGAGACAGUUGAGUUGGACCAGGCUGCGGUGGACAAGUUACACAAUGCGACCAUUAUGACCUGGAGAUCUAUUCUGGCUGCAACUGGUUUUGGUACCUCUUUUCGGAAGUGGUGGUUGGAUGAGAUUCGUGAUGAUUUCCCUCUCCAUCUGCCCCGGUCUUCGUUGGCUUUUGACAUGAUUCAGAUCCUGAAGAAGCAGGAGGUCCAUUGGAGACAGACCCUGAAGAGGCACCGGAACAAGGCGGUUACACAAGUGUUUGAGGAGGACUGGAAGAAAGGUGGAAGCAAGUUUUACAGAGCUGUUCGCCCGCCUGGGCGCCCGAAGGUUGAUUCGCUCGAUGUCUCUUCUCACCACAGGAUCAAUGUUGCACGAGCCCGGCAAAAAGGUCCCAUUUCCUGUCGCAUGCUGGAUGAUGAUCUGCAGUGCGUUGUGAUUGGAUCUAUUUGGAAACAAGGCAAGGCUUCUGCAAAGGUGGCCAAGAUUACGAGGGGAAAUGUUCACCUUCGCCCUCUGACUGGUUCUAUUACUACUGGCGAUAUUUUGCAGGUGGUUCCCACGGCCUCCCCUUCUGCUAUUCUCCAUGCCACAAAAGACUAUUGGAACACUUUUUGGAAUAUGAAGCGUGACAAAGGUACACAUGACGAUGUUUUCCAGGAAGCCCUCCACCUUCUACCGGCCUUACAGGAGGCCAAUUCCUCAUUCAAUCAGCAAGAUCUUGACCAUGCACUUUCCUCCCUCCAGACGAACCGGGCAAGGGGAAUGGAUGCCUUUUCCAACUUCGAGUUGAAGUAUAUGCCUUACAAGCUUAGGCCUGCUCUCUUGGCCCUACUCAACCUGUUCACUUCUUCUGCUAAGUGGCCAAAAGAACUCUGUCUUGCACGGAUGGCCCUCCUUUACAAGUCUGACCAAGUUGGUGAAGUUUCUUCAACAAGGCCCAUUACUAUCUUGGCUUCGGUUCUGAGAUUGUGGGCGAAACUGGUCACCAGAAAGAUGUUUUCACACCUCAAGAGUUACAUCCCUCCAUCUCUCUUUGGUUCCGUUCCCGGGAGAUCGGCCACUGAUAUGGUUGGGAUUCUACAGACACGUCUGGAAGCAGCACUCUUGGACAAAGAUGACCUUUACGGUGUUUCCCUGGACUUCUCCAAGGCCUACAAUACAUUGCCUCGCCAUAUGUUGGAGCAAAUCAAUGUUCGUCUUGGUAUGAAAGCAUUCUGGCAACCCUAUUCUGAUUACCUUGGCAAACUGGACAGAUACUUCGUUUGCUCCAAGACAUGGAGUGAGCCUAUCUCUUCCCAGGUAGGUGUCCCAGAAGGCUGCCCCAUUGCGGUCGUACAGAUGAUUUUGAUCACAUGGCUCUGCACCCUGUAUGUCAACCACAAAUCUGGUUCUACACUGUAUUCCUACGUGGAUGACUGGGUUAUUCUCUUCAAUGACUCGGACCAAGCAGCAGGGGCUAUUCAAUCUAUUCAAGAUUUGGCAAACAGUCUGGGUAUGAUCCUUUCUUUACAAAAGUCGACCGUCUUUGCCACGCAAACUUCACUGGCGCGAUCCAUCCAGGGCAAGUUACAAUCUGUUGGUCUGGUUCUGGGACAGGCAAAGAACUUCUCUGAGUCUAAGGCCAAGGUGCUGCUUAACAGACUCCAGUAUAUGCCGUGGUCCGUCCAAAGGAAAACUGACAUCAUCAAUCGCUGCAUCUUCCCGCUCACCUUCUAUGGCUGCAAUACAUGGCGAGCUGGCAAGGACUUCACACGUGAAGUCCGUGCCAAGUGCAACCAUGCGGUUUGGGGGAAAAAGCAAUAUCACCUACAUUACUUGACUCCGCUUUUUUCUGGUACAGCGUUUGAACCACUCCUUUACAUGGCCAGGUAUCGUUUCGCGGCUUUCCUUCGGCUUUUGACCCAACACGAACAACUUGUCAAAGACGUUUGGGCCAAGAGUGUAAAGGCCAAGACGUUCUUCAAGAACUCUACCAAGGGUGCAAUCUCUCUGCUCCAAAAUCUUCUCUUUGACCUUGACUGGGAAAUCUACGAUGAUGGCACAUGCGUCACUGGUCAGGGAUGGAAGUUUCCCAUCUGGGAUAUUUCACUGGCUCAGUUCUUGGAUUCCGCCCGCCGAUCUUGGGAAAACAACAUCCUUCGUCAUCUUCAUUCUAAAAACAACCUGAAGGACUUGGAUUCUUUUUCGGUAUCCUUUUCUCAACAACCUCGCCAUGAUGACAAAUGCUUGGAAGGCUUUAUGAGGAAGGUCCGAUUGGGUGGCCUUUUCCCCUACAGGCGCAAGAACCAUGUUACCCAGGAGGACCUUGCUUGCCUUUUUUGCGGGCAGGAAGAUACCUUGCAACACCGGGUUUAUGAAUGCGUCGGUACUGAGCAUAUCCGUGCCACUGAUAGAUGGGAUGCUGUUUCUCUACUGCCUCCGGCCCUUGUCUUAGGGGGUUUGGUUGGUGAACCUAAGGAGCUGGAGGACUUUCACCAGGCGCUCGAUCGAUUGGAACCCUCUCAAGUAUCCAAACUCCCGCCUACUUCGUCCAGACGCUUUUGCUUCACAGAUGGAUCAGCUUUUGGUGUUGAUGAUUCACAGGCGAUUAUUUGCUCUUGGGCUGUCACUGAGGCUACACAGUAUUCUCCUUCCAACACUUGCAGAGAACAAGGUUUACUGGUUGGGCGUCGCCAGACGGUUUUUAGAGCAGAACUCCAGGCAGUGAAUGUGGCACUUGCAAUCUCUGAUUCUUGUACCAUCUACUGUGACAAUGAAUCUGUGGUGAGAAGGGUUCAACAAAUUAUUGCUGGUCAACUGUCGGGCACCGUCCUUAUACAACACAAAGACCGCGACUUGCUGCGCAACACUGUCGCGCUUGUUAAAGCCAAGGUCCCUGGUUCUAUUGCUAUUGUUUGGACAAAGGCCCACCGACAACCCCACGAAGCAUCGGGAGCUCAGGAUCUGUGGUGUAUUCAUCAUAACAACAAGGCUGACUUUCAUGCGAAACAAGCUGGUAAGACUGUUCCUCACUUUCUUCUACAGGCCCAGCUGAAACUGUUACAGAAAAUCCAGGAUACCUUCAAGUCGCGAAGUGAUGCUGCCUGCGUUCUCAGAGCUGUCAUGGAUGAAUUCCCGUGA